AUGGAGCAAACGAAGCGCGAUUUGGUGGAGCAAUCCACUCGAUUGAAUACGCAUAAAGAGUAUAUGGCGUGGGAGCAACGUUGUAUCGAGUUCAUCGAAUCGCUAGAUGGACGUAGCCGCAGUAAAUAUCCGCGAUUGUCAAUCGGCGGAAGACAAUCUGUGAUCGCUUGUACCACGCGACUAGAAGGUUUGAAACAAAUGAUGCGUGGACGGUUUGUGCAAAUGGGCGCUGGAUAUAGUGCUGGACUCCGAUGGCGUGAGAUAGAUACAGUUUUUGAAAGUCGUAUACUGACUGGUGCUGUGAUUAAUUUCGAACACAUUGAACCGUAUCAAUUUCUAGAGGAUGCGCGAGAAAUUGUGCUUGUGCACGUGCAAAGUGUCAUGCAGAGACAUGGCAACGUAAAGAUAAACGCUAUUUUUAAUGGUGAAUUUGUCGCAGGUGACAAACGCGCUAAUAAGUGUAUCACAACAAGAAAUUAUGAACUCUUUCAAUGCUCCGAUUUGCAUGAGUGGUACCAGUUACACGUCAUCAAGAUAAUCCUAGCAUCGUUGGAGGAAUUCCAAGAACGCGAUAGCGGAUGGGCGUUGUCGCGUAUACUAAAUUUAACAAUAAAUAUAAACAAAUAUAACCCUUUGCAUGCAGGAUGCAACAUCCAGUUACCAAGUAAAAUUAUGAUGAAGAAAGCGGUAGUUAAUGUAAAAUCAAAUGACAAUGCAUGUUUUGCAUGGUCAGUGGUGGCCAGUCUGCAUCCUGCUGAAAGGAAUACAGAUCGAGAAUCUUCAUAUCCACAUUAUUCUACGGUAUUAAAUCUGAAAGGCAUUGAGUUUCCAAUGACACUGCCACAAAUUAAAAAGUUUGAAAUUCUCAACAAAAUCUCCAUUAAUCUAUACUGCAUCGAGGAGAAGAAAUUAUCUAUUUUUCCUAUACGACUCACCGAACGAAAAAUGGACAAACAUAUAAAUCUGCUAUACGUGCAGGAUGACAAUGUGGGACAUUUUGCGUUGAUAAAGAAUAUGUCCCGUCUCAUGAGUUCACAACUCAGUAAGAAAAAGAAUAAGAAAUUCUUUUGUGAUCGAUGUCUACAUUAUUUUAGUUCGAACGACAAGUUGGAAAUUCACACAAUGGACUGUGGAAAGAUAAACGAUUGCGCUAUCAUAUUACCAAGCGAAGAUGACAAAUGGCUGAGCUUUAAAAAUUACUGUCGAAAGGAACGAAUGCCGUUUAUCGUAUACGCCGAUUUGGAAUGCAUCCUGGAGAAGACUGAGGAUGAGAAAAAUUACCAGCAUCAUCGAGUAUUUAGCAUAGCAUAUUAUGUACACUGUGCGUAUGACAAUUCGCUAUCAAUGUAUCGGUUUCAUCGCGAUAAGAAUUGUAUCGCGUGGUUCGUCGAGCAACUUAAAGAUUUAGCACAAAUUGUAAAUAAUAUUCUGUCGGUUAAUGUUCCCAUGGAUUUAACACAAGACGAUUGGAAAAAAUUUAACAACGCUACACACUGCCACAUUUGUGAAAAACCAUUUACGAAUGAAAUAGAACGGGUACGCGAUCAUUGUCAUUUAACCGGUCGAUUCAGAGGUGCAGCGCAUUCAAAUUGCAAUUUAAAUUACAAAGAUUCGCAUUAUAUUCCUAUAGUUUUCCAUAACUUAUCUGGCUACGACGUGCAUUUUAUCAUCAAGGAAAUAGCUACAGCAUAUGAAGGACGAAUAGAUUUACUUCCGAUAACAAAAGAAAAAUAUAUUUCGUUUACAAAAAAUGAUCAGAAAAAUUGCAUAAAAUUAAGAUUUAUCGAUUCUUUCAAAUUUCUCGCAUCUAGUCUCGAUAAAUUGGCAUCUUUUCUUAGUAAAGAUAAGCUAUGCAUAAUGCAACGGGAAUAUAGUAAUUUAUCAACAGAAAAUUUCGAUCUGUUAACACGAAAAGGUGUCUUCCCAUACGAGUAUGUUGACUGUGUAGAAAAAUUGGAAGAGUCAUGUUUGCCACCGCGCGAAUUAUUUUACAGUUCAUUGACGGGUGACACAGUAUCCGAGAGCGAUUACGCGCAUGCUGUCAACGUGUGGCAGCGGUUCUCCAUCCGAACGCUCGGAGAUUAUAGCGAUUUAUACUUGAAAACUGACGUACUGUUGUUGGCUGAUAUCUUUGAGAAUUUUCGCGAUAGUUGCAUCGCGAGUUAUGGACUCGAUCCCGCAUAUUAUUAUACUUUACCCGGUUUUACGUGGGAUGCAAUGUUGAAAUAUACACAUGUAAAUUUCGAACUGCUAACAGACAUUGACAUGAUCAUGUUCAUCGAACGUGGCACACGUGGUGGUCUGAGUCAAUGUUCAAACAGGUACGCACAGGCCAACAACAAGUACAUGAAGUCAUACGAUCCAUCGAAAUCAUCAUCGUACCUGAUGUACUUUGAUGUAAAUAACUUGUAUGGUUGGGCAAUGUGUCAGCCAUUACCAUACAAAGAUUUUCGAUGGGUAGAUGACGUAACAAAUUUUAAUUUUAUGGACAUCGCGCUGGAUUCUCCAACAGGUUACAUUCUUGAAAUAGACUUAGAAUAUCCACAACAUUUACAUGAUGCGCACAUUGACCUACCGUUCUGUCCAAUGCGUGAUAAACCGCCCGGCAAGCGGCAAGACAAGCUCCUCGCAACCUUAUACGAUAAGAAACGUUACGUCAUACAUUAUCGUAACCUGCAGCAGUGGCUUAGAGCAAAGAUGUAUGCCUUGCGCGUUGAUGGUAAAAACGACACGAAGAAAGUCAAAGGAAUCAAGAGCAACGUUGUGGCAAAAUCGAUAACUUUCGAUGAUUACACGCGAUGUUUACAUGAUGAGAUUGAAAUGACACGACAGCAGUCAAGUAUUAGAUCGAAAUUGCAUGAGGUGUAUACUAUAUCAAAAACGAAAAUUACUCUUAGUCCGUAUGACGAUAAGCGAUAUAUUAUGUCAGAUUCUAUUGACACGUUGCCUUGGGGACAUUAUAAAAUACCAAUGUAA